AAUCAGACCUAUUUACAGUGCUCUCACGAUCAGCUGAAUUGUGACAGUAGGCCAUAAGACACAGUCGACAACACAACGAAAGCGCUGCCAGAAGCCUAUGCUGUAUUACAUCGUGAAAUCGACGCACCCACCAUGUUGAAACCACAGCAAUCGUCAACAAGACAACUUGUCACGCUGGAUGGCAUUUGGAACUUUUCUCUGUCGUCAGGACAGGACACGGAAGCAGAAAAGAUAUGGACAAACAUAAUCCCACCAACGCUACAAGCGCCAGUUCCUUCCAGCUAUAACGACAUUUUCGUCGAUGCUAAUAUUCGCGAUCAUGUUGGCUGGGUGUAUUACCAGCGACAGGUAGUAGUUUGCCAUGGCGACGGGGCGAUUACAAUUGACAGUGAGGGAAGCGAGCAGUUCAACACAAUAGAAACAAAAUCAUGUACAACAGUGGAGACAUCUCUAAAACAUACUAACCCAGCAGGUCGCGCUUCAGUCGCCGAGGAUAGGACUCUGAACACUUGGAGGAGUCAACUUCAAGCAGAAAUGCUGUAUACUAACCACUAACAGUAUCAUACAGGGAUGUCAUGAAAGAGAAAUGGAUAGAGAUGGAAACGGAUUAGUCCUUGAGUAUGGGCUUAAGUCGGAACCAUGACGGAAACUUCAGAAAUGGUCGUGUACUAUAGAGUUAGUUGCCCUCUAGGGGAAUAGCCCGGGCGUAAUAAACGUGUGUGUGUGUGUGUGUGUGUGUAAGGAGAAACUGCCGGAGAGAAGAUGCAUAUGGUCAGAUCCGUGACAAGUGGGUGAGCAACAACAGCCGUAGUAUGAGGCGUGGAC